AUGAAUCUAUUGGGUUUAUUUGCUCUUUUUGCUCUCACUUGUGAAUCACUGGUUCUUCAAAAACGUCUGGCAUCUCCCGAAGCAAAUACAAAUGGAUAUUUCAAGAUUGACUUUGAAGUUUCGGAAAGAGAUCUUUCUGAUCCCACUAAAGUCGUUAAACGUUCCGAAAUGGGCGGCAGAGGUAUCAAUUACGAAGCAUUGAGCAAAAGAAGCCGUCAUAUAUUGAAUAAAAGAUCAGGGAAUUCCUCUGAUGAUGUUGUCAUGACACUUUACAAUAACAUGGUGGUGGAAUAUAACGCAAAUAUUUCUCUUGGAAGCCCUCCUCAAAACUUCUCAGUCCAAAUCGAUACAGGGUCUUCAGAUUUGUGGGUUUUUGCCAAAUCCAAUCCAUAUUGUGAUUUCAAUUCAAAAAAUAUUUCCAAAAGACACAUUGAACAAAGAGAUGCUAAUGAUGAUAAUACUGCCACUGAAGCUGCUACUACUUCGGGUACUGUUACUAUUUCAUCUAGUGGUGACUUUGAAUCCAUUAACAGAACAACCUACAUCACCCCAUCGUAUCUCCCCCUGCAAACUACUUUUGAAAUCAAUACUGCUACAGUUAUUGCUACCAUUGCUUGUGAGGAAUCAGGAUAUUUCAACCCAGAUGACUCUAGUAGUUUCCAUAAAGUCGACAAAAACUUCUUCAUCGAAUACGGGAAUGAUGACUUUGCUCAAGGGAGUAUUAGCCAAGAUACCCUUAUAUUCAGCGAGUUUGUCUUUGAGAACUACACUUUCGGGCUUGCUGAAGUUUCCAAUUCUUCAAAGAUGAUACUUGGGAUCGGGUUACAAGGAAUCGAGACUUUAGGGUUAUACGAUAAUUUGCCGUUGAGACUUGUCGAUAGUGGGUACAUCAACCGUGCGGUGUAUUCUCAAUUUCUCAAUGAUUUCAACGCCACUACUGGGAGUAUUCUUUUUGGGGCAGUUGAUAGCUCCAAGUACACUGGUAACUUGACCACUUUCCCGUUGAUCAAUGUCCUCAAUUAUGAGCACCCUCUGACUUUCCAUAUCACCUGCGACAGUAUUGAUCUUACUUACGCUAGUAAUAACUCUGUUGCUCUGAAUUUGUCUUCUGCAAAGCACCCAAUCUUGUUUGACUCAGGAACCUCGGACUUGUUGGUGCCUCAGGUAGUGUUCGACUGGUUUGGAGUUGAGUUCGAACAUAUUUCCUACAUUGAUGAACUUGGUGGGUAUCUUGCCCGUUGCGAUGUAUUGGAAGAAUAUAAUUUCGAUAUUACCUUACAAGGCGUCACAUAUUCCGUUCCUCUUUCAUUCAUGAGUGCUCCAAUUACCCAACUCGCUGAACUUUUCUUAACAAACGUUCCUCUGAAAUACUUAAAGGACAAUUAUUGUCUCUUGGGGAUUGACGCCCUGUCAGACAACUCCAUGGUUGCUGGAGAUGUGCUUUUAAGAUGGUUCUACGUGGUUUAUGAUUUGACCAACUACGAGCUUCUGUUGGCCCAAGCGGUAUUCAACAGCACUGAAGAAGAUAUCCAAGUCAUUUCUGCUCUUGGUAAGGUUCCUGGAGCCGUGCAUGUUGAUAGUUCCAUUACUUAUGAGGGUAGCUUAACAACUCCAACUUCCUCCGAUGGUGAAGAGCCAUCGUUCACAGGAGUCACUCCUACAGGAUUAAGCAAACUCAAUGCUGGGAGUAAAUUGACCAUUUCUCGGUUAUUAAUUACUGGAGCGCUUGCUGGUUGGUAUUUUCUUUUUUAUUGA